UAUAUUAUAAAAGAAAGUGUUAUUCUCUGGUUAAUUCUAUCAACUUGUCUUGUUAACGGCCUGAUUUCUGUUUUUCUAGAGGAAACAACUUUCCUGCUGUCAUCGCAAAACAAUAUGGCUGAUGAAAGAUCUGAAGAACAGAAGAGAAUUGACGAAUGGCUUCCCAUAACGUCUUCAAGGAAUGCAAAAUGGUGGUAUUCAACAUUCCACAAUGUCACUGCUAUGGUUGGAGCCGGUGUCCUCAGUCUUCCUUAUGCUAUGGCUGAACUUGGAUGGGGACCUGGUGUAACGGUGCUGGUGAUAUCUUGGGUUAUUACUUUGUACACUUUAUGGCAAAUGGUUGAGAUGCACGAAAUGGUUCCAGGGAAACGUUUCGAUAGAUAUCAUGAGUUGGGCCAAUAUGCUUUUGGGGAAAAACUGGGGCUAUGGAUCGUGGUGCCCCAACAGCUAAUUGUAGAAGUUGGUGUUGACAUUGUUUAUAUGGUGACUGGGGGAAAAUCACUCAUGAAGGUCCAUGAUUUAUUGUGCAAAAAUGAUUGCACAACUAUGAAACUUAAACACUUCAUCAUGAUCUUUGCCUCUGUCCAUUUUCUCCUCGUCCAUCUUCCCAACUUAAAUUCCAUAUCUGGUGUGUCUUUGGCCGCUGCUGUCAUGUCUUUGAGUUACUCUACAAUAGCCUGGGCGGCUGCAACUAAGAAGGGCGUGCAGUCGGAUGUGGAUUAUAGCUUAAGCGAGAAAACCAAUUUGGGAGCUGUUUUCAACUUUUUCAGCGCGUUGGGAGAUGUGGCUUUUGCUUACGCGGGUCAUAAUGUGGUGUUGGAGAUACAAGCUACAAUUCCUUCAACACCCGAGAAGCCUUCUAAAGGACCAAUGUGGAGGGGUGUCGUUGUUGCUUAUAUCGUUGUUGCUGUGUGUUAUUUCCCUGUUGCUCUUAUUGGCUAUUGGGUGUUCGGGAAUUCAGUGCAAGACAACAUUCUCAUCUCUUUGAAUAAACCUACUUGGCUCGUUGUCAUGGCUAACCUAUUUGUUGUUGUCCAUGUUAUUGGGAGCUAUCAGGUCUUUGCGAUGCCAGUGUUUGACAUGGUUGAGACCAUGCUUGUUAAGAAACUUAGGUUCAGGCCUACUUGGUACUUGCGAUUUAUUACGAGAAACAUAUAUGUUGCUUUAACAAUGUUUAUCGGAAUCGCCGUCCCUUUCUUUGGUGGACUUUUGGGAUUCUUUGGAGGAUUUGCUUUUGCCCCAACAACUUAUUUUCUUCCCUGCAUUAUGUGGCUUGCUAUCUUCAAACCAAAGAGGUUCAGUCUCUCUUGGAUUAUUAACUGGAUUUGCAUAAUUUUGGGAGUUCUGUUGAUGAUUUUAGCACCAAUUGGCGCCAUGAGAUCCAUCAUCUUACAAUCCAAGGGCUUCAAAUUUUUCGCUUAGGGGAAGAUUUAAUCUGUUUCUUAAAUUGAAGUUUGUUUUAUCCUAAAUUAUGUUUGAUGAAUUCUUAGCAAGGAUGCUUUUGUGUGUAGUUACCAAAAAAAAAGGAUGCUUUUGUGUGUUUCGACUUUGCACUUUUUACAGUACAAAUUUUCACAAAUCAAUGUCUGUGUUAUGAUUAAUAUUUAUGAUUAUGAACAUCUAGCUAGCUAGUU